AUGAAUAUCCCUUUCUUUGAUACACACGUUCAAAUCAUCCUAGCACGUACAAUAAUCAGAAAAGAACAAGUCUCACAAUGGAACCUCCCAAAAUCAAGACAUACAGAUAUAAAAGAUGGCAACAUCCCCUCCCCAAUCCUUCAAAAACCUCACCUACCCACCCACCCACCCAACCAACCUCAACAUCUCCUCCCACGACACCCAUACGAACGCAAAAAAAACAAAAUGGCUACCUCGACCGUCCAAACACCAACCCCUCUCCUCCCAACCUCCCAGCCAUCCCCCCGACAAACUAGAAGUCUUACCAACCGCCUAAAGCACACCUUCACAACGCCACCACUCUACCUAUCGCUCCUCAUCCUCCUACUGAUCCCAUGCAUCUACCAACUCGUCAAACAGCACUGGUCGCUAGCGCUCGCAUUCAUGCUCGCCCUACAAACCGUCGCUACAUGGCUCCAACACCUUAACUCUUACUUAAAAGAAAUAAAGGGGUUGAAAAACGACCGUUUUUCGGGGUGA